AUGGCUAAGAAAUCUAAAGAUACCGCAACUGCUGCUAAGAAACAAGCAAAAGUAAAAGGUCCUGUAGAUCCAGUCAAGACCAGAAAUCUUAUUCGUUUAUUAAAUAUUCUUGCUUUAUUAUUAGCUAUAGCUGCUUUUCUACUUCAAUUAUUUGCUGUCAUUUCUCAUAAUUGGAAAUGGCAAAAAACCGAUCUUCGUUCAAUAGUGUCACCAAAUUUACCUCAUUCGCAAUUAAAUAUUCCCGAAGAUAGUCGAUUAGAUCAACGUUAUGGUCUAUAUUCACGUGAAGUUAAAGUUUCUGCUAAUAAUGAUGAACAAGUUGAUUUAUGGGCAAGUACACGUUUUCCAAGACUUGAUGAAGGUGAUGAACAUUUACAAUAUUGUUUAUCUCAAACAUCAAGUCUUCGUGGCGCAUUCCUUACUUGUGCGAAAAAUAUUCUUUCACCAGGUCAAUGUCAUUGUCGACGACAUCCCUAUUGGAAUUUUGUUAUUUUCUUUGAAAUUCUUGCAUUAGUUUUACUUGGUAUUGUUGUAUUUCUUACAGCUUUACUUUCAACACAUCUUCAAGCUUUACUUAAACUAGCUGCAGCUGGUUUAGCAUUACUUGCUUUUCUUGUUUUAUUAAUUGGUCUUAUAUUAAUUCUUAGCCAUCUUAAACGUGAAACACGUUCAUUUGCUGAUGCAUAUCCAUAUAUAUUUCAGCGACUUGCUCAUACACUUGGUAUUAGUCAACGUACACAACGAGUUUCACGAGAUAAUCCAACUGUACUUCGCCAAGCUAUUCGUCGUCAAGCAAAGGAAACUUAUCGAGCAUAUCCUUUACCAUCUAAUCAAUAUCCAUAUAAUCAGACACAUUAUCUAGAAUAUUCAGAACAAGCACGUGGAUGGGUUUAUAGACCAUAUGUAGUUACUCAACCUCGUACUUAUGAAACAUUGCCACCAGCUCGAGUUGCUUAUACAGUUAAUCCAAAAAUUGAGGAAACUACUGCAUCACCAUAUGAAGGACUUCAGCCGUUACUGAGUUAUGAUGGAGUUUUUGACAAUACACGUGCUGGUAUUGGUUGGUCAACUGUUUUAUCAAUUCUUGCUAUGAUUCUUUCAUUACUUUUACCAUUAAUUCUUAUUUUUUCAUGGCUUACAGGUAAAAAAUUAGCACCAGAUGGGAAAAAAACUACAACAACUGUUAAAACUGAAUAUGUAACUCUACCACAAGAAGUUAUUGUUGAAACAACACCAUUAAGAUCAAUUCCUACUGAUUAUGAUCCUCGUCGUCCAAUUGGUGAAGCUGUUGUAACAACACAAAAUGUACGUCCAGGACAAUUUGAGACUUAUACUGGUCGACCUGAACCUGUUGUCGUACGUGAUGUCAUCAUUCGUGAUGAUCAACCAGUAGCACAUGUUACAGAAGAACAUGCUUUUCCGGUUCAUGUUGACACAACUCAUACAUCGUAUGCUUAA